CCCUCAGCUGUGACAGUAUAAAAUACCUCCUCAACUUAUCAAGAUGUUAGUUGUAGAGUCACUGGUGCUGGUAACCUGCUGAAGAGCCAUGAGGAUCCUCUGACAUCACACUAUUCAAACACACAGCAUCGCAGUAUGGCUUCUGUCGGUGCGUUAUUAAUGUUUCUGCCUGUCGCAUGGGCAUGCUCACCCCAAAAAGCAGACUACGUUAUGGUGUCAUGUUUCCCCAAUGCCAUCAUUGCCAACGUCCCGGAGUGUCCGUACGGCUGGGAGAUCGAGCAGUUGUCCCUGGGUGGAGUAUGUUACUCUGGGAUUCACAGCCCGGGCUACUACCGCUUCAUCAUCUCAGACCUGACACCCAAAAACCACUCGUACUGCGGCACGCAGUCUGAGUACAUGCCCGGCAAAGACCCAAAGUACAUCUUCUAUAACUCCAUCGUGUCCAACGAUACCUCGCUCACAGUCAGAAACCAGCCGGUCAACUACACCUUCAGCUGCAUGUACCGAGCAGCCUACCUGGUCAACAACGCGGUCUUCAGCCAAAGCGUUUUUACUAAACCCUCUGCUUUUUCCAGAGUGGCUACAGUUUAUGUCAACAACGGGAGUUUAGGCACUUUUAGAUCACAGUUGUCUAUGAAUGUGUUCACGAAUUCAAAGUUCCUGUACGCCAAGGACGCUCCCUACGUGAUCGACACUUCUGAGAUCGGCUCUGAAGUUUUCAUCGGCAUCGAGGCAAAAGGACUAAGUAACAGAUUCAAAGUUGUAAUAAACAACUGCUGGGCGACUCCUACUCCUUACUCAACAGACAAGAAGAGGUGGAGUCUCAUCAUUAACAGCUGCUCCUCCGACAACACUGUGACCAUAUUUGAGAACGCCAAAGACAGCCGCUCGAUGUUCAAGUUCAACUCGUUCCGCUUCCAACGGCUGGAGAAGGUGUCCACGGUCUGGCUUCACUGCGAGGUCCAGGUUUGUGACGGAGACCGGCUCAUCUGUCAUCCAGGCCCUUGUUCUCACAGAAGUCUAGCAGCAGAGGUCGAACCAAGUGGGGGGAUCCUCACUACUGAGUUUCACAUUAAAGUUAGUGGAUCCUCCAAUAAUGGACACAUAAAAGGCACGUCACUACUCAUCCUUCUGGUGGUCCUGAUAAACACGUGUUUGGAUUUAGUAAAUGGAUCAAGAAUGUAGUAAAAACAUUUAUUCAUUAAACAUUGACAUAAACACACACACACACACACACACACACACACAGAGGGUGUGUCACCCAGGACUCAGGGAGCGUAUGAACACACUCCUCGGCUACAUUCAAACAAAUGAUUUUCUCAUUUUAUCACAAAUAUCAUUUGUAAUUAGCACGUUUAUUCAGAGUUUCAUAUCCUCCCUGUCAACGGAUAAUCGUUUAAAAUGUUACACACAUUAUACA